AUGCAGCCCUACGUCUUCCCCUCCACCCUCGAGAGCGAGUUCGUCGGCGGCUGCCACGAGGGGCCCAAGGCGGAGGCGCCGGGCAUUGCCACUGCCAGCUACGUCGAUCCUCCACCGAUAACGUCCGCCUCGGAGCGGCGCUUCAAGGAGCUGCGCUACAAGUUCUUCUUCAAGGCGGCCGUCGCGCGCGAGCGGGCGGUGGCGGAGCGCGCGGAGCGGCGGGCAGCCUACGCCGAGCGCGCCGCGGCGCAGCGGGCGGCGGAAGGGGGCGCGUAUGUGGAACGCGUGACGGCGGCGCAUCUGCACAAGAUCGAGAAGAUCAGGGCGGAGGCGCUGCGCGGCCGCGGCAAGCGCGGGAGGAAGAAGAGGAAGCUUCGGGCGGUGGGUGCAUGA